GCGUGAGUGAAUGGCCAACUUUGUGGCUUCCUUAUUAUGCGGCAACCGAAGCCUACGAGUCCGUACCUCCUUUAAAGUACAGAUAGUUCCAUGUUCUACGUGAGCCUGGGGCAUAGAACCAGGACAACGAGCCCGAAAAUGAGCCGAAGUCGGUGUGUGGCUUGCCACAUCCAGGAGCCCGGCAUGAUCGCAAUCUACCAGCACCCCCGAGGUGUCGAUCGCAUCUGGACCUACGUGACGGGGAUCAUCGUAAAAGCCCGAGAUCAGCUGUGCAUUACAUGCUACGAUGAAUUGCGGAUCUCGCAUCGCUUCAAGGAGAAGUGCAUCCACAACAACAUCAACCGAUUGGGACGAAUGGCGAAGCAGCAUGGGCUACCACGCACCCAGCUGGAUCCUCCGACCAGUGACGAUUCACUCGCCACAUCCGAACCGGACGAUCCGGGGAUGCGUCUGGAGCUGUCCCACCGACAGGCCGAGGAGUGUCUGCAGCAGUUAGCACCUUUGGGAACAGAUUUCGUCAUCAAGAAUGAACCGAUUGAGGAUCAGCAUCCGGAUGAGCUCAAUAGUAUAGAGCAAAGCUCCUACACACUGUCGAUGCAUACAACGCAGCAACCACAGCAGCACCACCAGCAAUCUGCAGAGACCAAUCAUAACGGUAGCGUCGAUGAUGCGUUGGAUGUGAUCAAAAUGGCCGUAGAAUUGUCGCCGGAGGAUAUUGGACUGAGGGCAGUUCCUUUGUCGACCGAAAGUGGCGACGACGAAGAUGACGAUGAUGAGGAGCUCCACGAAGCGCACGAACGACCGAAGCAACGGCCAUCAAAUGGGCGCGAUUCGUUACCAACGGUCAAGUGUAGCCACUGCGAUCAAACCUUCUCUUCCGGUGCGCUACUGAAGCAACACAUUCACAAGGAUCAUAGCGGCCUAACGCCGACUGGCAGAGUUCGGCGGGAUAACACGAAUGCGGUCAAGUUCCGGCGUAUGCUCUCGGGGAAGAUUAACGCGCUCAUGUGCCGCUACUGUUACCGAGAGUUCGACAGUGCCGACACGAAGACGGCACACGAGAAGACGCAUCUGAACGAUCCGAAACCGUUCCAGUGUUCCUUUACUGACUGCAACCGGCUAUUUCAGCAUCGAUCCGCGCUGAACCGCCACUUCUACACACACGUCACACCAAAGCGCUUCAAGUGUAGUGUUUGUCCGAAGCGUUUCCAUCAGCAAAGCUCGAUGGUCGUGCACGAGCGGCUGCACCGGGGCGAUCGGCCACACAUCUGUCCACAGUGCGGGAAAGGCUUCACGCAUCUGUCGAACGUGAAGCGCCACAUACGGUUCCACAACGGUGAAAAGCCGUACGAGUGUGCCCAGUGUCCGGCCCGGUUUACCACCAGCACGGAUCUCAGACGACAUAUGAACAGCCGGCGGUGUUUGUCGCGAUCGUUAAAAUCCGAAUGAUCGGUGGUUCUAGCAUACACACGCCGGUAUAUGGAAACAGGGAAACGGUUUCACGUUUUGAUCUUCGCAUCGCAUCGCGAUCGCAUAUAUACACUUGCAUCAUACAUUAUGGUAGAAAGUUGAGAAGAGAUACAUUACAGUUGUUUAACGCUAUGUAAGCUUUGUUUUACAUUCACGAAAUAUAUAUUUUUUCGA